GCUUGCGCGGUGCCCACCCACCAUGUACGAUUAUGACCAGGUGACCGCCUUCCUGGGCGAGUGGGGCCCCUUCCAGCGGCUCAUCUUCUUCCUGCUCAGCGCCAGCAUCAUCCCCAACGGCUUCAAUGGGCUCUCCGCCGUUUUCCUGGCGGACACUCCCGAGCACCAGUGCCGGGUGCCCGCCAGCGCCAACUUGAGCGGCGAGUGGCUGAACGCCAGCAUCCCGCUGGAGGAGCACGAGGGGCGGCAGGUGCCCAGCCGGUGCCGCCGCUACCGCCUCGAGGCCCUGGUCAACUUCUCCGCCCUGAACCUGCAGCCUGGCCGCGACGUCAACCUCAGCCAGGUGGAGCAGGAGAAAUGCCUGGACGGCUGGGAGUACAGCCGCGACCCCUACCUCUCCACCAUCGUCACCGAGUGGGAUCUUGUGUGCGACAAUGACUGGAAAACACCUUUAACUACCUCUUUGUUUUUUGUGGGCGUAUUGGUUGGAUCUUUUAUAUCUGGACUACUCUCAGACAAGUUUGGUAGGAAGAAUGUGUUGUUUGCAACAAUGGGAAUCCAAACUGGCUUUGGCUUCCUCCAGGUCUUCUCAACAAGCUGGGAGAUGUUUUCAGCACUUUUUCUUAUUGUUGGAAUGGGACAGAUCUCUAAUUACGUGGCUGCAUUUGUGCUUGGCGCAGAAAUUCUUGGCAAAUCAGUCCGCAUUAUAUAUUGCACAUUAGGCGUUUGCAUAUUUUAUGCAUUUGGCUACAUGUUGCUGCCACUGUGUGCUUACUUCUUCAGAGACUGGCGGACUCUGCUUCUGACUCUUACUUUACCAGGGCUGCUGUAUGUUCCACUGUGGUGGUUCAUUCCAGAAUCCCCUCGGUGGCUGCUCUCACAAGGAAGGAUUCAGGAGGCAGAAGCCAUAAUUCUGAAGGCUGCAAAAAAGAAUGGUAUUCAAGCCCCAGAUGUCAUAUUUGAUCCAAUAGAGCUGCAAGAUUUGAAUUCCCACAACCAACAAUCAUACAGCGUUUUGGACCUAGUGAGGACCCCAAAUAUAAGAUCUAUCACUAUCAUGUCUGUGAUCCUAUGGAUGGUCAUUUCCAUAGGCUACUUUGGCCUUUCUUUGGACACUCCUAACUUGCAUGGAGACAUCUAUAUCAAUUGCUUCCUCUCAGCAGUAAUUGAAGUCCCAGCAUACACUAUAUCUUGGCUGCUUCUCCGAAAUCUGCCCCGGCGGUAUUCAAUGGCAGGAGUCCUGUUCCUGGGAGGAUGUGUUCUUCUCUUCAUUCAGUUGGUGCCUCCACACCUCCAUGUGGUAUCCAUUAUCCUGGUGAUGAUUGGAAAGUUUGGAAUCACAGCCUCCUUCUCAAUAGUUUACGUCUACACUGCCGAGCUCUACCCAACAGUAGUGAGAAACAUGGGAGUGGGUGCCAGUUCAAUGGCCUCCAGAUUCGGCAGCAUCCUCUCGCCUUACUUUGUAUAUCUUGGUGCCUAUGAUCGAUUUCUUCCCUACAUCUUAAUGGGGAGUUUAACAGUCUUAACAGGAAUCCUGACCCUUUUUCUCCCGGAAAGCUAUGGCACACCUCUUCCAGAUACAAUUCAGCAGAUGCUUAGGGUUAAAGGAAUUAAAUAUAGAAAUACAUCCAAAACCAAAAGGAAGACAAAUGAUGAAGAAGAAAAUUCAGUAAUUCUUAAAACAACAUCUUUCUGAUGAAACUACACUGUAUGCAACUGAAAAGUACCAAUACAUUUCCUUUAAUUUUCCUCUGGAAAGGUAUAAUGGAAAUGCUUUGUCCUAUAAUUAUGAACUUAUUUAUUAAAACACUUCAGUACAUUCGUUUUUCUGAAUGUAGAUACUGUAUACCCCAUUAUGGGAUCUCCGCCAGCUAGACGGAACUAUAUAGAAGGACAGAAUGUAUGUUUGCCCAUGAGAGGUUUGACACCCACAUUUUUUAUAAGCUAUAGAUUGAUGCAGUGACUUUGUUCUUCUGUACACAUAUGCAAAAGGUGAAAUCUGUUCAGAGUUUAAAUAUUGUCAGAGAUCUCCUGAGCGAAAGCACUCAACUGGGGAUUUUGGUACGGGUUGCUACAAAAACAUGCCAUGAUGUGAAAACAUCAAGAUUCUUUUAAGAAGAUAUGAAACAGAAUGCUACAUAAAUGAUUUUUCCUGAAUGGAAGUUUUAGAAGAAAUGGAAUGAUUUUUCUUCCAAUCAACAUUUGACAUAGAUGGUGGCAGUCUAGUUUUGUUUGAAAAAUUAUUUUCUUUCAUAUGUAGUUCUAAGUAUAUCCACUGGAUGCAGCUGUUUGCAUCUGAAAAUGAUGUUUUGCCUCUUCGAGGCUCAUAUUUAUUUUUAAAACAAUAAAAUUAGGUUGUAUCUAUAACUUUUUUCUUUCCUUUCAGUGUUCCAUAAACUAAUUUUCCCUGGGUUGCCUGUAAUUGUAUAAAGCCAUAAAAGUUAACACAUGCCUGUAUAUCCAGACCCUUUAAUCUAGUCCCAUCUCUGCCUAUAUGGAAUUACAUACUAGGUAUGUAGUUCAAUAAUAUUACAAUUGUUUGUAUAUAUAUUUAUGGCUUACACUCAGUGCCUGAAGUCCAGGGCCUCUUAACAAUAUGUAUUGUACAAUAUUUUAAAUGAGUAGUGUGAGAUUUUAAAAUGGAGUCUCAUGCCUGAAAAAUUGCAUUGAAUCGACCAGAAAACUGCCCAUUUACACUGGAGGACUUCUUGAUUACAGUUUUUUAAGUCCCUUUAAACCAGAGUUUUAAUGAUAGAACUGAAUUAUAUUACAUUUUGUUAAACUAAUUUCCGUGAUGCAUAAUGUGUGAAUGGACAAAAACUACCUGUAAUAGCAUAGAUUUCCAGUGCUUUUUAUUUUUUAUUUUUUGAUAACAGCCUGCAGACAUUCCAAAAAUCAUGAUCCUGUAUAGUUAACCAUAACCCUAAGGCUCUUUCCCAUUUUUGACUCACUGCUACCGCUGUAGACUUGCCUGCAUGGGUCAGUGAAGGUGUAAUUUUUGCUUCUGUUGUGGAGCUCAACACAUAGAGCAAAAACUUCCUUUGGCAACUUUGGUAUAGAGACAGCACUUGCACUAGAGUAAAGGGACUUUGUUGAAUGGAGUCCAUGACUGCAAGUCCUGCUAUCAAAAAUUCCUCCCUCCACUCCCAAUUUAGAGUCUCUUCAAAUUCCUCCAGCAUGUUUCCUACAAGUUUAAAGAAAGAGGUUCACCUCAGUUCUCCUUGGACAUGAUCAGCACCACUUUGCUGCAAUAGCUGGUUUUUUAAAAGUAGUGAAGUUUCAGCAGAGCUUUGGAAUUAAAUAUUUGGGACUGUUUUUAGACAAAUGGGAGGAAAACUACUACCCUGCUCCUCAUGGGCAGGUCUGUGUGCCUAAAAUGCUUUUUAGGGCUUUGGCCUUUGUAUAUCAUAGAUAUUUUCAACAAACAUAAAUUUAUAUUAAAAAUAUUCAAUGUUUAUUCUGAAACAACUGUUCCUUGACAUAUUUUCAUUUCAAUUGGGAUAUGAUAUUCAUUCAAAAUAAUAAUAAAAACUUUUGAAAAUCAGA